GGUGUGGAUGGGAGUGUCUCCUGCGUCAGCUGGAUGGAUCCGCCCACACCAACAUCCUGUCAAACAGUUUAUCCCAUCAUGCACUGCGCAAAACCAUGGAUCAAAUGGAUAAUGAUUUACAAGGGACUGAUGGCUCGGGGUCUUUGGGAGGUCCUGAUGUGCGUAGACAGAUCCCUAUCAAGUUGUUGUCCAAGCAGGCUGUGAGAAGCAAGCCUCCAGUGCGUCCUCAGCGCUCAAGUAGUAGGCUGUUGGCUAAAGGACAACCUGGGGAUGAAGACGGCUUUGUCUUCAAGCAAGAGGAGAGGUUUGAGUGCAAGUCAGGGGAUGCCUAUGGCAAUCAGCGCAGAUUCCCACACCCGUUAUUCUGGGAUUAUAAACUGAAUCUGGUGGGUGAAAAGGAUGACACGCCUGUUCAUUGCUGUGACAAGUGUGGGUUGCCCAUAAAGAUCUACGGCCGCAUGAUUCCUUGCAAGCAUGUCUUCUGCUAUGACUGUGCUGUGCUUUAUGAGAAGAAAAACGACAAAAUGUGCCCUGGUCUGACCCUGUACAGCUGCACAGACCCGGUCCAGCGGAUCGAGCAGUGCCACCGCGGCUCCCUCUACAUGUGCAGCGUGGUGCAGGGCUGCAAGCGCACCUACCUGUCCCAGCGCGACCUGCAGGCGCACAUCAACCACCGUCACAUGAGGUCGGCCAAGGCCUCCUCCUCCUCGUCUUCCGGCAGCAGCUCCCGCGGCGAGCCCUCGCACCCACCGCCCCAGGCUGACCCCUCGGACCGCUUCCGCCUGCCUCCGCACCCACCCCCGCACCUUCCGAAGCCCCACCCUCUCAUCCCCCCUCCGCUGCAGGGUCAUGAGUCAUACGGCCAGCCACCCCCGGCCUCCCCGUCCCUCUCCCCCUCGCCCGCAGACCUGGCCGCUGCCUCGCGUGCCCUGGCGCAAGAGACCUUCCGCAUUGCCGCCAUGUCCACGCGCAAGCACAGUAACCUCAUCACUGUGCCCAUUCAGGACGACUCGGGCAGCUCGGCCGCCGCCCCUGCACGCGACGCCCUCCCUCAGACUCCCCCUGGGCUGCCCCCCGCCCACCACCACCCGGGCGAGUAUAACACGCAGCCGGUCGUUUCCCACCCUCACCACAUGAUGGCGCCCCCUCAGCAACAACAUUACGGGCCUCCGCCACCCCCGCCCCCGCUCAGCCACCCUAUGCAGCAUCCGCCCCCCCAGAGCUCAGGGACUCCUCACCUCGUGUACAAUCAGGCCCCCCCUAUGUCCUCUGGACCCCCACCCCUCACCCCACCCCCAGGACACAUCAUUAGUCAGAUGCCCCCAUACAUGGGCCACCCUCCGCCAGGGGCCCUGACGCAACAUGGAGGACCCCCUGUUAGCGCACCUCCGCCUCACCACUACAACCCCAGCUCCAUGCAACAGGACCAGGGCACUCUCAGCCCACCCUUCACCCAGCCUGGGGGGCUUAGCCCGGGGCUGUGGCCGAACCCAAGGGGCCCUCACCCUCCCCGCAUGCAGGGACCCCCUCCCCAGGCACAGUUACCUGGACCUCACCAUCCCGAUCAAUCACGUUACAGACCGUAUUAUCAAUAGCCUAAUGCACACUCACCUGGCUUACUUUUAAAAGACUUGCUGUGAUGUGAUAUUGUCAAUGCGUAGUGUGACUGUGUCUGUGAGUUUAUGAUGUACACUAGAGCAAACAUUAUGUACCAAUAAAGGAUUUUUGGGGAGGAUGA